AAAAUUGGCCGAAUAAUCCUAGCAGUCGUGGCCAACAGAAGUAAAAGAAAAGAAGAACCAUCAAAAUAUGCAUGGGUUAAAUUUUAUUUUUAAUAUAUUUUUUGUAUAUUGAAGCAAUGCCCAAGGAGAAGCCAGAAUAUACUAGCACCCCCAACGCGAUGCCGCGAGUUUUGGGGCGUCGAGGAAUUAAGGACCCAGGGAAUCUGCAGUCUAGUUCGCCAUUAUCACGAAGCUCUUUCAGUCAAGAUACUUGUAAUCCAGACACAAAUAAUGAACAAAUUAGCUAUGAGAGUACUGAUGAUUCUGAGGAGAUGCACCAAUUCAACAGUGACACUGAGAAAAAUGAAAGAAAGGAAUGGUACAUUUCAGAAAGUGUGCCAAACCAGUCUAAUUCAAACAACACAAAAUUUGGAUUAAUUGUGGUUUUAAUGGUAAUAUGUGCACUGUUGUUGAAAAAUCUUGAAUUCAGUAGUGCUGAUAAAACUAGUUUGGAUGAUUUAAUAAAAGCUGGUCAACAGAAUUUCACCAAACAGGAUUCAAAUUUUUGGCCAAGCAUUAAAGUCAACAUUAGGGAAAUAUUGGAACUUAAACGACCACGAACAAUCCUUUUCAUUUAUGAGACUCAAUCAGAGUUUACUGUACAAAAAAUCAUAAAUAGUAUUUCAAAGAUUGGUGUAUGCCAUCUAACAAGUUGCUCCAAAAUACCGGUUACAAUAACAGGUUUGUCUUUAAGUAAGCCAGAGUUUAUUAAAGACUAUGGAAAAGUUAUAAAUCAGUUCCGUGAAAAUUUGACUGAUAGCGGAGUAAUGGUGGUUAAAAAUAUAGAGGCAAUACCGGGUGUGGUUGCACAAGCGUUCCACAGUAUUUGUGAUGAUUAUAACUCAGUUGAAAAGCGGGCCUUAAUUCUUUUAACCAUGACAAUGGAUGCAUUCCCUGGAACACAUUCUUCAUUGCUUGAUUCUGUAGAAGAAAAAUUGCAGAAGUUGUGGAAAGAUAUCAGCUUGGAAGGUGUCUUCCAUCCCCUUUUCACAAGGAUAACCAGCACAAUCUUGCAAGUACAUUCUGAAGAGAUAGCUUUUUCACAUUUAUGAUAUAAAUUUUAUUUAUUCAUGUUUGUACUCCAUAAUUAAUUUUUUGAUCUCGCAAUAAACCUGGGUACUUCAUUUGAUUGGUUUUAGUUCAGGAGCAGAAUAUUAAAUAGGGUUGUCCUGACAUAGCUCCCCUAUUUCAAAUUCACAUUUUGGAAAGACAUAUUUUCUUCUAUUUAUUACAAUAGAUGGAAUUGUUUGAAGGGUAAACCACUCUCCGAAAUUGGAGCACUACAUUUCACAAAGAUUUCGCCAGUUUCAGAUUUCACUCAUUCUGCAAAUAUUUCACAGAUUUAUAAAUGAUUUUCCAAAUUUGAACCAUUUUGAAAAA